AUGGCGACCGAUGGGCAGCUCAGGGAGUGGGUCUCCGACAAGCUCAUGAGCCUCUUGGGCUACUCCAAGAACGUCGUCGUCCAGUACGUCAUCAGGCUUGCGAAGGAGUGCUCUUCAACCGGUGACCUCGUGGGCAAGCUCGUCGAGUUCGGGUUCACCUCGUCUGCGGAGACCCGUACCUUCGCGUCGGAUGUCUACGCCAAGGUUCCCCGCAGGGCCAGCGGCAUCAGUAAUUACCAGAAGCAGGAGAGGGAGGCGGCAAAGCUUGUCCAGAAACAGAGCACUUACAAGCUGUUGGCCGACGAGGACGACAAUACUGACAACCAGACACCAACAAGUCAAAAGACCUCAACAAAUCCAUCAUCUAAGAGUCGGAAGCAUUUCAGGAGGAAAGCAGAUCAAGACAGUGGUGAUGAUGAAAUAGUAGCAAAAGAUUCUGGAAGGAAUGUCCGUCGGCGAACAGAAGAGGAGGAUGAAGAAGGUGGCGACAGCCGUUCUGAUGAAGAGAAAGAAAGGAUUAGAGAUCAGCAGGAAAAGGCCCAGCUAGAAAGGAACAUGAGAGAAAGAGAUGCAGCUAACACAAGGAAGUUGAUGGAGCGACAAUUAUCUAAGGAAGAACAAGAAGAGCUUACUAGAAGAUCUCAAGCAAUGGACAAGAAUGACACAUCUGAUCUGAGAAAAUUCUCAAGGCAAGCAUACCUGCAAAAGCGACGGGACAAAAAAAUUGAGGAAAUUCGUGAUGAAAUUGUGGACCACCAGUACAUUUUUCAGGAUGUGAAACUAACAGAGGCAGAAGAAAAGGAGUUGAGAUACAAGAUGGAUUUAUAUGGUCUUAUCAAGGAACAUGUUGAGACUCCUGAUGAUGUUGGUGAGUACAAAAUGCCUGAAGCUUAUGACAUGGGUGAAAAUGUCAAUCAAGAGAAGAGAUUCUCUGUGGCCAUGCAGCGGUACAGAGAUCCUGAGGCCAAGGAUAAAAUGAACCCUUUUGCUGAACAGGAAGCAUGGGAAGAACACCAAAUAGGAAAAUCGAAACUGCAAUUUGGAUCCAAAGAUAAGAAGCCGUCUUCAGAUGAGUAUCAGUAUGUAUUUGAAGAUACGAUUGAUUUUGUUAAAUCAUCAGUCAUAGAAGGAACCCAGCCUGAAGACGAUUCAGAUAAAGAGGACAUUGAAGCAAAAGAUAUUUUGAAAAGGGAGCUCCAGGAUGAGCGAAAGACACUUCCAAUUUUCAAAUUUAGGGAUGAACUGCUUAAGGCCAUAGAAGAGUAUCAGGUUAUCGUCAUAGUGGGCGAGACUGGGUCUGGUAAAACAACACAAAUACCUCAGUACCUUCAUGAGGCUGGGUAUACUGCGAAAGGAAAGGUUGCAUGUACUCAACCUCGUCGAGUGGCUGCCAUGAGUGUUGCAGCAAGAGUAUCUCAAGAAAUGGGUGUUAAGCUUGGACAUGAGGUUGGUUACUCUAUAAGAUUUGAGGAUUGCACUUCAGAUAAAACAAUUAUUAAGUACAUGACUGAUGGAAUGCUUCUGAGGGAGUUCCUUGGUGAACCAGAUUUGGCUAGCUAUAGUGUUGUCAUGGUUGAUGAGGCUCAUGAGCGUACCCUCUCCACUGAUAUCUUAUUUGGUCUGGUGAAGGAUAUUUCUCGUUUUCGACCAGACCUGAAGUUGCUCAUUUCUAGUGCCACCCUUGAUGCAGAAAAAUUUAGUGACUACUUUGAUUCAGCUCCUAUUUUCAAGAUACCUGGGAGGCGAUACCCGGUUGAAAUUCAUUAUACAAAAGCCCCAGAGGCUGAUUACAUAGAUGCAGCAAUUGUCACUGUUUUACAGAUACAUGUGACACAACCCCCUGGAGAUAUCCUGGUGUUUCUCACAGGUCAGGAGGAAAUUGAAACAGUUGAUGAAAUCCUUAAACACAGAACAAGGGGCUUAGGCACCAAAAUUUCAGAAUUAAUUAUAUGUCCCAUUUAUGCAAAUCUGCCUACCGAGCUUCAAGCUAAGAUAUUUGAGCCAACCCCCGAGGGUGCCCGUAAGGUGGUUCUGGCCACUAAUAUAGCAGAAACUUCAUUAACCAUUGAUGGUAUAAAAUAUGUUAUUGAUCCAGGCUUUUGUAAGAUCAAAUCAUACAAUCCCCGCACAGGAAUGGAAUCUCUACUUAUUAAUCCUAUCUCAAAAGCUUCAGCAAACCAGAGGGCAGGAAGAUCUGGACGCACUGGACCUGGAAAAUGCUUCCGUCUAUACACGAGUUAUAACUAUAUGCACGACCUAGAAGAUAAUACUGUUCCGGAGAUCCAACGAACCAAUCUUGCGAAUGUUGUGCUUACACUCAAGAGUCUUGGUAUUCAUGACUUGGUUAACUUUGACUUCAUGGAUCCACCUCCAUCAGAAGCCCUAUUAAGGGCUCUGGAACAACUUUUUGCUCUCAGUGCACUCAACAGUCGUGGAGAGUUGACCAAGACUGGAAGAAGAAUGGCAGAAUUUCCACUGGAUCCUAUGUUGUCGAAGAUGAUUGUUGCUUCAGAGAAAUAUAAGUGUUCUGACGAGAUCAUCUCCAUUGCAUCCAUGUUGUCAAUUGGCAAUUCUAUAUUUUAUCGUCCGAAGGACAAACAAGUUCAUGCAGAUAAUGCAAGGUUGAACUUCCACACUGGCAAUGUUGGGGACCAUAUAGCACUACUAAAUGUGUAUAAUUCUUGGAAAGAAACAGACUAUUCAACUCAAUGGUGUUACGAAAACUAUAUACAGGUGCGCAGCAUGAAGAGGGCAAGAGAUAUUCGGGAUCAACUAGAGGGGCUUAUGGAAAGAGUUGAGAUUGAGAUUUGCUCAAAUGCCAGUGAUUUAGAUGCUAUUAAAAAAGCUAUAACAUCAGGUUUCUUCCAUCAUUCUGCACGGUUGCAGAGGGAUGGUACAUAUAAGACUGUCAAGAACCCUCAGACCAUACGGCCGCGGUCGGUAGUAUACCACGAAUUAGUUCUCACAACAAAAGAGUUUAUGCGCCAGGUAACGGAACUGAAGCCUGAAUGGCUGGUAGAGAUAGCACCACAUUAUUACCAACUAAAGGACGUGGAAGACUGUGCUCGGCUGGUGGAGCUACUUGUCGCGUCGGCAUUGGUCAUCAUGGGCGGCGUGUGUUCGGCGGGGAUCGCCGGGGACAAAUCGCCGACGGAGCUCUCGUUCCGAGCGAUGGGGUUCAUGGUGGAGCAGGAUUUCAGGGACUUCUCAGCCGCCAGCAAGAACAAGACCGCGCCCAUCGAGGAGGCGGUGGAUCCUAACCAGGUGAGCGAUCAGUCGUUUCGUCUGUCUGAUAAGGGCUCGCCGCCGUCCACGAGCGGCAAGGCUCGUCGCUCGGUCUCCAAGGAGCCGCAUUUGACGCAUGCUGAAUCGUGGAAGGCCAAGGCUGGGAAGCCUAGGAGAAGCAUGACCGGCAAGGCUGGUCCGAGCAAGGUUUCAGACAUAGGCAUAGCCCUUGGUAGAAAGAGUACCUCUGGACUUGGGAAAGCAGUAGAGGUUCUAGAUAAUCUGGGCAGCAGCAUGUCAAGUUUGAGCCCUGGAGGGGGUUUUGUGGCGGGACCAACGACAAAGGGGAACAAAAUAUCAAUCCUUGCAUUCGAGGUUGCAAAUACAAUAGUUAAGGGCAUGAGCCUCAUGCAGUCUUUGUCCAAAGAAAGCCUGAACUAUUUGAAGGACAUGGUCCUUCUAUCAGAAGGUGUACAACGUUUAGUUUCAAGCAACAUGGAUGAUCUGAUGAGAAUUGCUGCAGCCGACAAGAGGCAAGAGCUGAGUAUAUUUUCACGAGAAGUCAUAAGAUUUGGGAAUCGUUGCAAAGAUCCUCAGUGGCACAACCUAGAUCGUUAUUUCUCCAAGCUAGGGUCAGAAAUUACACCCCAACCAGAAUUAAAAGAAACGGCAAAAGCAGAUAUGCAGCAACUGAUGGCCCUUGUUCGACACACUGGUGAUCUCUACCAUGAAUUACAUGCAUUAGAUAGAUUUGAGCAAGAUUAUCGCCGUAAAUUGGAGGAAGAGAAAAGAUCAGUUACAUUUGAAAGGGGAGAUACUGUUCAGAUUAUCAGACAAGAACUGAAGAGCCAGAGGAAGCAUGUACAUAAUUUGAAGAAAAAGUCUCUUUGGUCUAAGUCUCUUGAUGAUGUCAUGGAGAAGCUUGUAGAUAUUGUCCAGUUCUUACAUGUCGAGAUUCAAGAUACUUUUGGGCCUUGUGAUGGAGAGUCAAACGAAUCGCAAGAGAGCCGUCAAACGUUGGGGUCUGCUGGUCUCUCUCUUCACUAUGCUAAUAUCAUUUCUCAGAUUGACAAUAUUGUUUCCCGAAGCUCUGUUCCCCCUCAAAGUACAAGAGAUGCACUCUAUCAAGGUCUGCCCCCAAAUGUCAAGUCUGCUCUUCGAACAAGACUACUAACUUCCACAGAAUCUGAAGAGGUUCCGAUCACUAAAAUCAGGAGUUCAAUGGAGAAAACUUUGCAAUGGAUUGUCCCGGUUGCCAAUAAUACGGCCAGAGCACACCAUGGAUUCGGAUGGGUUGGCGAGUGGGCGAACACAGGGAAUGAUCCAUCACGGAAACAGGCUGGGCAACCUGACGCGCUGAAGAUCGAGACCCUGUAUCACGCGGACAAGAAGAAGGCCGACGCGUGCAUACUGGACCUGGUGGUGUGGCUCCACAUCCUGAUCAGCUACAGCAGGCCGCCAAACAACAGGUCACCGAGCCGAUCCCCCGUGCGUUCCCCGGUGCACGCGGCCCCGGCGGUGCCAGCAGCAGCAUCGUCCAGGGGCGCUGCUGCUGGGCUCACCCGGGAAGACCGCGAGAUGCUGCAGGACGCGUACACCCGGCGGCGGUCCGCUGGGACGACUGGGAAGAGCAAGAGCCAGGAGCUGUCGACGGCGGGCCGCGGCCACAGGCUGGCGCUGAGCAGGAACGACAGGCUGAGCAAGAGCGGCAGCCACUGCUGCCCGUCGGCGUCCCGGGAGCGGGAGCACGGCGGCAGGGUCUUCCCCCUGGCGACGGGCAGGUCUGCCGCCUCGUCGUCGCCCGUGGUUGUUGGCUUCGACAUCGACCGGAUCAGGGGGGCGCUGGACGUGAUGGACGUGCAGAAGCAACCGUGA